UUUGUCUCUGUCAGUAGCUCACACAAAAACGACCCAGAUACAGAGCCACUGGCAGGAGGAAGCAGGCGACUGCCUCUGAAAAACGCAUUGCGUUGCUAAGCAAGGCACAGAGACUGAGGACUUCUAAAGCACAAGCUUUUGCUGUGCCAGAGGAAAACCAGGUGGACUGAAAAUCCUCAAAGCAUCAGGACCAUAAGGCAUUUUAGAAGCCUGCUGUGACCUGUGAGUACACUUUUGGACGUUGAGGAGAAAUAGACCAAAGGUCAGCACUGGAAACUUCUUUAAAAAGAGAUAAGGGGAGUGAAGGAGCAGAGACAUCUGCCACACCUCAAAAGACAAACGCUCAGCGCUUCGCGUCUCCAACCAUGGCUGCACGUCCGAUGGAAACGGUGGGUUUCUCCAUGCUCCCAGCCCACAUAAUGGCUUCUGCCAUGGAGGAGUUUCCUCAGCAGCUUCCUGUGCCCAAGGGCCCGGCCAGGGGCCGCAGUCGCCCCCGACGACCAAGGGAGGCCCGCUUCAAGACUCAGCCCGUAACCUUUGCAGAGAUUGCAGAAGUGGAGGAGGAAGGGACUUCACCACUGGAGGAGGAGAGAGCCAGACGUUCCUUCCUGCAGUCACUGGAGAGCCUAAGGAGGAGCACACAGACGCUGCACCACACAGGCUCCGCGAACUCUGGCAGAACCAGCACGCCCACACAGGCCAGCCUGGACUCAAGUGACUCAGACUCAGCCCCAUGAACGAGAGAGACAGAGAGAGAGAGAGAGAGAGACAGAGAGAGAGAGAGAGAGAGAGAGAGAGAGAGAGAGAGAGAGAGAGAGAGAGAGAGAGAGAGAGAGAGAGAGAGAGAGAGAGAGAGAGAUGUGAUUUUGUAUGUAUCCUCUCCUCUGCUGCACACUGACUUUACUGGAUUGGCCUCCAGAGCACGUUGCACAUAUCCUUCUCUUGAAGCAGACUUUGUAGCUAUAACUUAGUUACGGUAUCUUAUGCACAUACUUGUGCCAAACUCCAGUCAAGCCAACCAACAGCAGGCUGGAUUGCUUAUGCUCCUUAGCUGUAGCAUUUGAAAACCUCUAACAACUUAAAUAUUCCAAAAAAUUAUCUUUCUUUAUUUGUUGUGUAAGAUUUGAGGCCAUUCAUCAUGAGCUUUAAAGUGUAGAUCUGUUCUAUUUGCUAUUCCAUUCAGAAGGACAGACAUGCAACGGUCAAUCAUUUCAUAUGUGCCUGGUUAGAGAUUACAGAAUGGCUUUUCCACUGUUCAGCUUGGAUUUCCGCUGUUCAUCUUUAACACUUAAACAUGAUUAUGCAGUGAAAUCAUUGACAGAAGAACUGAAAUUGGUCUGUAAAUGCCAGACACUGCACAGGAGGCACUGUUUCAAAAUGAUGACAUUACUUGAGUCUGCCAAAAUAGUACAUUUACUAAUGAACUCAGAGAGGAACAAAUUAUUUUCUUGCUAAAUGUUACAGAUAUUUAUUCACAGAAUAUCUUGUUAAUAAUAUCAUAAUGAGUUUCGCAACAUGUUUUGUUGACACUGUGGAGCUUGCAAGGUCAUAGUUUCAAAUGGAAAAAAAGAAAAAGAUGAAAAAAUGAUGCCUUUUGUACUUUUGUUUUACUUUUAUUACCUUUGUAAUGUUAUUUCUUACUUACUUUAAUAAAUCUAUAUAAAUAUAGUGCACAUGCA